AGGGAAGGGGAGGGUGUUGAUUGGUGGAGGGCACACCUGUCCAGGUGCACCAGUACGACAAACAAAGAGGCUGUGUCCGGGCUUCAGCAGGACGCACUGGCAGAAAACAAUGGAGGAAUUAGUGGGACUUCGAGAGGGCUCCUCAGGGAAGCCGGUGACUCUGCGAGAACUGUGGAGUCCGUGUCCACGCAUCCGCAGAAGCAUCCAGGGGGGCCUGGAGUGGCUGAAAAAGCGCCUGUUCCGCGUGGGUGAGGACUGGUACUUCCUGAUGGCCCUUGGGGUGCUCAUGGCUCUCAUCAGCUACGCCAUGAACUUCGCUGUCAGGAGUGUGGUCAGAGCACACAAGUGGCUGUACAGGGAAGUUGGGGACGGCCACCUGCUCCGCUAUCUCUCCUGGACUGUGUACCCUGUGGCCCUCCUGUCCUUCUCCUCCGGCUUCUCACAGAGCAUCACGCCAUCCUCUGGAGGGUCUGGAAUCCCAGAGGUGAAGACCAUCUUGUCUGGUGUGAUCUUGGAGGAUUACCUAGACAUCAAGAACUUUGGGGCCAAGGUGACGGGCCUCUCCUGCACCUUGGCAACAGGCAGUACCUCCUUCCUGGGAAAACUGGGCCCCUUUGUGCACCUGAGUGUGAUGAUUGCUGCUUACCUGGGCCGUCUGCGCACCAAAGUCAUCAGGGAAUCUGAGAAUAAGACCAAGGAAAUGGAAAUGCUGGCCGCAGGAGCGGCAGUGGGCGUGGCCACAGUCUUCGCAGCCCCCUUCAGCGGUGUCCUGUUCAGCAUUGAGGUCAUGUCCUCUCACUUCUCCGUCUGGGAUUACUGGAGGGGCUUCUUCGCUGCCACCUGCGGGGCCUUCAUGUUCCGCCUCCUGGCGGUCUUCAACAGUGAGCAGGAGACCAUCACCUCCAUCUACAAGACCAGCUUUCCGGUGGACAUACCUUUUGAUUUACCGGAGAUCUUCUUUUUUGUGGUCCUGGGGGCCAUCUGUGGCAUUCUGAGCUGCGGGUACAACUUCUGCCAGCGAACUUUCUUAUUCUUCCUCAAGGCCAAUGGCUUCACCUCCAAACUGCUAGCCACCAGCAAGCCCUUGUACUCAGCUCUGGCCGCCCUGAUCCUGGCCUCCAUCACCUAUCCGCCUGGUGUGGGCCGCUUCAUGGCUUCCCGGCUGUCCAUGGGAGAGCAUUUGGAGACACUGUUUGACAACAACUCAUGGGCGUUGAUGACCCGGAACUCGUCCCCACCCUGGCCAGCGGAGCCAGACCCCCAGAACCUGUGGCUGGAAUGGUGCCACCCGCAGUUCACUGUCUUUGGGACACUAGUCUUCUUCCUGGUCAUGAAGUUCUGGAUGCUGAUUCUGGCGACCACCAUUCCCAUCCCCGCUGGGUACUUCUUGCCCAUAUUUAUCUACGGAGCUGCCAUCGGGCGCCUCUUGGGAGAGGCCCUGUCUGUCGCCUUCCCAGAGGGCAUCGUGGCUGGAGGUGAGGUCAAUCCCAUCAUGCCUGGGGCCUAUGCUCUGGCAGGUGCGGCUGCCUUCUCGGGGGCGGUGACCCACACCAUCUCCACGGCACUGUUGGCCUUUGAGCUGACUGGCCAGAUUGUUCAUGCUCUGCCUGUGUUGAUGGCAGUGCUGGUGGCCAACGCCAUCACUCAGAGCUACCAGCCCUCUUUUUACGACGGCACCAUCAUUGUCAAGAAACUGCCAUAUCUGCCAUGGAUUCGUGGCCGCAAAAUUGGCUCCCACCUGGUGACUGUGAAUCACUUCAUGAACUGUACCCUCACCACACUGGCCAAAGACAUGCCCCUGGAGGAGGUGGUCAAGGUUGUGAUCUCCACAGAUGUGCCCCAGUACCCCCUGGUGGAGACUACAGAGUCUCAGACGCUGGUGGGCAUUGUAAAAAGGACCGACUUGGUGCAAGCCCUCCAGAUUGAGCCAGCUUCCUGGGCUCCAGGCCAACAGCCCUGUCUCCAGGAUAUCUUGGCAAGUGGCUGCCCCACACAACCAGUGACACUGAAGCUGUCACCAGAGACCUCCCUGCAUGAGACACACAACCUCUUUGAGCUGCUGAACCUUCAGUUGCUGUUCGUGACGUCACAGGGCAGAGCUGUGGGCUCCGUGACCUGGGUGGAGUUGAAGAAAGCAAUUUCAACCCUGACCAAUCCGCCCACCCCAAAGGCACCUCCACUCAGCCAAGAAGAGAGCCCCACAUUCACUUCUCCCCGUCCGGAAGGAGCUGAGAGUAAAUGAAGGCGUCAAUGUGUCACCAAGGGGACUCUUGUGCCUUCUGGGGUUGUCUGUUGCCAAACAAGAGCUUCUGAGAAAAAUAAAACUGAUGUCUAGAUCUA